AUGGCACCCAUCGAGCGCAUCACUCUCUUCAAGAUCCCUAACGACGCCGACGCUGACCGUCUGCUGGAGCAGUACAAAAUUCUAGCAAAGACUGCUUCUAAGGAUGGAAAGCCCUACAUCGUUGCCGCUGCCGCUGGCAAGUCCAUUCCCGAUCCCCGCAACCGCGGCUUCAAUAUCUCCGUGAAGACAACUUUUGCUUCAAUGGAGGACAUGAAGUACUAUGAUACAGAGUGUGAGGCUCACAAGGAGCUUAAGGCACUUGCGGGACCUAUGAAGGAGGAUGUGAUGACCACAUUCUACGAGAGUGUUCUUUAA